GGUAUAUCCAACGUCCACUAGACCUUUCAAUCAACAACUGCACCGCCCUCUGUGCAGAAAUAAAACUAACGUCUUGCAGGAUUUGAUGACGUUAUUGCAGAAAAGUUCUCCAGUAUUUCUUCAGAAUUCUUUUAGUACUCUAGUGCUGUAGUCUUGUUGGUAGGUUUGUCUUUUCCUGUAAGUUGUAUUAAAUUUAGGUUAAAGUAUUACCUAUUAAAUGCUGAUUAAUUGAAGAAUAACUUUGUACAAAAAAUUCCAUAAAUGGCUUCUGCAAAGCGAUAUUUUAUCAAUUCGUUGUCUGACUAUAUUACCGGAGAGUCUGUGCGAAUUCAGCAUCAGCAAUUGAAACAGCAUUGUGUGGAUGUUGUAAAACACAUUUUUGCUAAACAAGGCAAUAGUUUCCGGGAUUGUGAUGGUGGUUUGUACGUUGGUGUAGCAGGUGUCUCAUACAUGUGCUAUUACCUCUCACAGCUUCAAAGCUUUAGUGAGGAGAAAAAAAUGUUUUUGAAAAAUGCAGAGGAAUAUUUAAGUACUGCAUUAGCCUAUGCGGAGCAGCCUAAAAUUCAAAGUGAUAAGUCAAUGCAAUUUGGAUUUCUUCUAGGAAAUGGAGGCGUAUAUACAGUUGCAGCUUUACUCUUCGAUGCUUUGGGAAAGAAAGAUCAUCGUGACAAAUUUAUACAACAAUACAUAACUCUUGCAGAUGUAGGAAUUCCAGUCAACUUUUUACGUUGUGGCUCGGAUGAAUUAUUUGUUGGAAGAGCUGGUUAUCUUUGCGGAGCUUUACUGUUGAACAAAAAAUUUAAAACACAGGUGGUGCCAUCCAGUAAAAUUGAAGCAGUAUGUGCUUCCAUUAUUCAGUCAGGACGAGAAUAUGCCAAAAGACAUCAAUCUCCUGCACCAUUAAUGUAUGCUUAUUACAAAACAGAGUAUUUAGGUGCAGCCCAUGGGCUAUCAGCCAUCCUCCAGAUGCUUCUUGGUUUCCCAGAAUACUUGACAGCUAAUCCUGAUGCUGAAAGAGAUGUACGACAAACUGUAGACUUUAUGUUAAGUCUACAGACUUCAAGUGGAAACUUUCCUUGUGCCAUGGAUGAGGUUGCUAUUCACCGUCCUGAACCAGAGGAAUUGGUUCAUUGGUGUCAUGGUGCUCCAGGUGUAGUUUACCUGAUGGCUAGAGCAUAUCGUGUCUGGCAUGAUGAGAAAUAUUUGAAUGCUUGUCUUCACUGUGGGGAGUGUGUAUGGAAGAAGGGCCUUCUGCGUAAAGGUCCUGGCAUUUGUCAUGGAGUAGCAGGAAGUGGUUAUGUAUUCCUACUUCUGUAUCGACUAACUGCUGAUCAUAAACAUCUCCAUCGUGCUCAGCAGUUUGCUAACUUCAUCUUUACAGAAGAGUUCUCAAAGGCCAGAACCCCUGAUUGUCCAUAUAGCCUUUAUGAAGGGCUUGCAGGCACUGCCUGCUUCCUCGCAGAUCUUCUCCAACCAGAUUCCUCCGAAUUUCCCUUUUUCGACAUUUUUUGAACUGUUUAAAUUUUCUUUUCUUUCUUCUGCUUUAGAAAUGUUUUUAUUUCUGCCUUAUUAACAAAUUUAAGUAGUAGAUAAAUACAGUGGAUUCUUAAUUUAUAACAAGUUUUGAUGUAAUUAUAACAAUUCAUGUGUACCUGUAAUAAUUCUCUUAAUAUCUAUACCAUUUGUGUACUGUAUUCAUUUUUCAUAUGUUACAAUUAAUUUUUACAUUCAACAAAAUAUCAAUACCAUGAUCUUGCAAUAGAUCUUUAGAUUAUAAAUAAAAACAAUUAACUUAACAAGUAUAUAGUUAUUUGCUAGCAGUGAAAGCUCUGUGGUGAAAAUGUAAUACUGUCCAACACUUGUUGGAAGUUCACCAGGUCAUUACCUCUGUCAAAAUUAACAGGAGUUAAAACAUUUUAUGCUUGCCAUUAAGAUGUUCUGUCUGAAAUCAUAAAGAAUCAUUAUACAGUUGCAAUAAAUUAAUUAUAUCGGACUGAUUUUCUUUUCAUAAUUAUUAAGAAGUUCGGUAUCUUACAUGAUGUGAAGGUUUUGUUGUAAUUUGUUUUCUUGAACAUUCUUGGAAAGUUGUAAAAAAAAUAGUUGUUUACCUGAAAAAACAACAACAUGAAUCUCCACAGUAGGUUUUUAAAUAUGAAUAGCAUGUGGCACCAUAUCUGUUGUUUAACUAUAUGUGUAUCUGUAUGUGUCACAAUGGUGAAAUUUUGCAUAAAAAUAUCAGGGUUUAUACUCUUUUUGUAUACUGAAAAAUUCAAGGGCUUUUAACCACCAAAGGCAUUUUCUAGAAUCUUUUUUUUCAAUUUUAUUUUGUCCAUCCUGUAUGAAUUUAAGCUAACAUUUUUCACUUUUAAUUCAUACAACCAUAUUUUUGAUAAAAAAAAUUUGCAUAAUUUAAUUACCAACUUCUGUAAAUGACAGCCUUUUUUCAGGUAACUUCUUCAAUGUUAGUGACCAUUUGUCCAAGUGAUGAAACUAAUAAGCUAAGUCAUUUAAACUUUCCAAAUGAAUAAACAAACUCUAGGUAUGAAAACUUUUUUUUAACUAGAAACUGAAACACUUAGCUAAAGUUAGUUAUUUUUCACUUCCUUCAACCUUUAAAAAUUUUUUAACAAUUUCUGCUUUACCAUAGCCGAUUUCCUCAAACUUUAAAAUUUCUUAAUCCUAGUUGUUAGGUUACUGGUUGCCUCAGUCAGGUGUGGAUCCAAAAAAAAUAAGUGUUUUGUGGCGAGCUAUCAAUGUAUCGACCUUAGAAUAUAUAAGUUUUGUUAGGUUGUUUGAAUUAAAUAAACCACAAAAUGCACCUUGCAAUAAACAAUUUAUUAUGUUGAAUAAAACACAAGUUUACUAUGCAUCUUAAAAUAUCAAAUGAAAUACAAAUGUAUUAAAAUCUAUGUACAUCAAACCAAAAACAUAAAUGUAUUAAAACCAAAAACACAAAUGUAUUAUGACAUUACAAGUAGGUAUAUUCAAGAUUACCGUUAUUUAGCAUCAUAAAUCCAUAACUGAUACUUAAAAGAAGUUAAACACAAAUAUAUUCUGAAAAACAUAUAAAUAAUAUAAUUCAAAUGAGACUUCUGUCUUUUCUACUACAGUUUUCCUUCAUCACUUUAGUGAGAUAUAGAAUAUUUGAUUUAUUAAGGUUAACAUUGUUCUGCAAUAAUCCGGCCAGUCUUUCUUGACCCAUCUUAGCUUGCAACUCAUCCAAGUUUUUAGCAUAUUAUUCAUGUUUGAGAAAGAUAUUUCAGGACAAUGCAGAAGAGUGGAUGAGAGAGAACAUUUUUUUUUCUGUUCUUCCACAAGUCCAUUCAUCUCAGUAACUCAUAUUUGAGCUCAACUUCAGUGACAAGUGUAGAAUACAACUUUAUUAUAGGCUUGAAAGAUUCAGUAGAUUUAUCAGUUGUAUUCAUCACAGACUUGAAUGAUCUGGGAACAUCCAGCAACAAAUACAUCACUGAAGGAACCAGAAAUUGUGCAUGCAGAAAUAGCUACUUGCAUUAGAGGAUUGAAUCUUUAUUUCAGCUCUGCCAAAAAUGAUCCAAGAAAGAAAAACAUUUAUGUAUUAAUACUGUUGUUACUUUCACCAGAAAUUUACCUACAUUCCUUUGGCUUGAUACUAGUCUUGUAAUACUCUGUGGAAUUUCCAAGUCAUCUUCAACUUUUUUAGCUCGUAGAUGUUCUGAACAAACUCUUUCUUAGUUUGAUAACUUUCAACAAGUCUCUGAACUUAGUGUAUUUCAGUUACAGCACCUAUGAUAUCAAGUGUAGAAAAUGUAAUUAGUUGCAUUCUGGCAGAUUUUGUGAAAGCAAGAAUGUAUUGAUGGAUAUACAAAUUUGCAAUAAAUUCAAAAUUGCAACUUCUCAUUCCCAACAAAUGACCUUCAUCUUACACCUUCUUGUGGUUGUUUCUUUGCUUCAUUAACACAUCAAGCCACUCUAUGAAAAUAGUUGAAACAUCAGCCUGGUUCACCCAUCUAGUUAGGCACAUGACUUAUUGUUUUAAAGCUUUUCAGCCAUGCUGGAUAUAAUAAAACCAGACUAGAAAAUGCAAAGGGACUCCCAAAUGAAUUUUAAAGUCUCUUUCUAGCAUGUUUCUGAUCCUGGAAGUUUCACAAGAAUGGAAGAUUACAAAGUGUGGUUGAAGCAGAGAGUGUAAAAAGCUGGUAGAUAAACUUCUUUGAUGACUGUAGUACAUUCUUGUCUGGCCCUAUUCAUAUUGGCUGUUGCAUCAAAUCCAAUGCUGCAAAGUAUUUGGGGAUCCAAUCUUAACUUCUCAAUUUCUUUUACAUAAAAAACCAGUAGUUUCUGUCAUUUCAAUUUAAACCAGUUACUUCUUUAUACAAUUUUCUAUCAAACCAAUACUGUAAAGUGGGAAUUAACUGCUCUUUCUCACUCGUAUCUGUUCCCUAAUCAGUUUAAAAUGAAAAACCCAGCUUUUCUCAGUAUAACCACUAUCUGCUUUUGAAGAGGCUCUCUGCUUAACUAAAUCAGCUCAUUUUGAGUGAUUUACUGGAAUGAUGAGCAUUUCUGAACUUCGAUCCUAUAAAGACCCACCUUGAUCUCAGUUGUUUUUAGAAACUGGUCACAAUAUUUCACUUGUUGAUUUCCUGAUUUUCUCUUGACACUUUUCAUAGUAGCUUCUUUGUUUUUUUGGAUCAUGUAAGUACUUUUGUUUGGCUCCAGCUGCAGACAGAAGCAGUGGUUUUGUGGAAUUCACAAUAAGGAUCCUGUCAACAUGUUUAUUUUUUUAAUACAGGGUCACAUGACCUGUUACUUUAACUCUGUUUGUGAUAUUUAAGAAAGCUUCCACAUCCAUUCAUCUAUGAAUCAUUCUCUGGCUGCCUUAUAUUUUUUUAAAUUUCAUUAGAUAAACCCUAAAAUAAGUGACUAUAUCCAGUAAUUCACCUCUAAAUUGACACUACUUUCAAUUACAAGUUUCCCUUUACACACUUUCGUUUCUUAACAUAUCUAUAUUAGCGAGUCAUUGAACUUUAAUAGCUAAAAUUUUGGUAUUUUGAGAAAUAAUUUUUUGUCGCUUACAAUUUUAGAGCUAAAUGCAUAAUUUGAUUUUAUAUAAACAUCAUCAGAUAUGUUACCAGCUUAUGCUGCAUUUUGAAUAACUUAAGCUGUUCAGAUUAUGAACUUCAUGUUUAUGGAAAAGUUAUAAUUCUAAAGUCUCAGUCAAACUGUCAAAAAUUAAGAUUUCUGUAUAAUUUUAAUGAUACUGUAAUACAUUUUUGUUUUCUGAAAUGUUUAUUUGCUGUAGAGUGACAAACUUACACAGUAGUUACUUUCAAUUCCAUUAAAUAAAAGUUUGUAAACUGCA